AUGUCUAAACGGACCGAUAGGGAGGGUGGCGGCGGCGCUAAGAAAACUAAUGCGUCAGUUGCGCGUGGCACUGGGCUGAAAAAAGUGGCGGCAAAGAAGGUCUCGCGGGAUCAAGAGAAGUCCGGCAGGAAGGCGGCAGACAACGGGAAGCAACCAAUGCCACGCAAGCGUGUUUCUACAGUGAACAAAUAUGUGGAUGUUGCCUCAACUGGAACCACGCCCGGUCCGACUAACGACGGCACCAGUGGCGGCAACGAACAUCCGGAGCGAGGGAGCGCGAGUCUUGUAGUCCCGUCGGCGGAGAGAGAGGGAUCGGCGACAGGGGAAAAUCACGGAGGCGAUCCAUGCGCCGAGCAUACCGCAACCAAGGAGUCCAAGGCGGAGGCAUCUCAACACCAUCUGACGCUACUCCAGCCGACCGUGGUCAAAAUUUCUGCUGCCGUGCUGGAUAAGAACAAGGUGGGGGAGCACGAGUCGAUGGAGGAUCCUAACCACGGCAUAGCCGACGUCGGUGGCUCUCCUCCUUCUGGUGGGCGGGGGAGACGUAGGCAGAGGAAGAGCGAUGAGGAGGACGAUUCUGACACCGCCGUGCCCGGGGACAUCACCACGCGGGCGAAGAGGCGGCAGACGACAGGCAGUGCCGACGACGCCGGUGGCGCGGAA